AAUUUUCAUACACAUUUAGGACUGCAACAAUAUCAGAUCAGUUUCGUUUUGCUCAGCAGUUUUCUUUCUGUUCGAAUCCUUCGUGCAAACUGGAUUUGACUAACGCGAGGAAUAGAAUCGUGUAAUCGUCCAUUAUUUUUGUUUUGUGUUCUUCGCGACGGUUGAAUUUGUCAAGCGAUGGUUGCAAUUCAGCAGAUUUAGUUUUGUUCCGAUAGUAUCGUUUAUUUUUGUUGUUAAAUUUAGAACUGCUGUUCGCUGCAACACUGUUUUGUUCUGUACGAUCUAGUGAUCCGUGGAAAGUGUAUAAAAAUAGUUGGCGUGACAUUGCUACUCGAAGAAUCGCCGAAGGGAAAGAAAAAUGGCCAAUGUUCCGGAUACACAAACCCAAACGCAACAGUCUGGCGUUUGGACUCAAGUCGAUAGUCAGCCGGUAGAGAAGCCUAUCUGGGGUCGGCUCUAUGCGAAGAACCUGAAGAUAAAAAGUCUCGGUACUAAAAAUGCAAUUACACUAAUUCAACCAACCUGGUCUUUCAGUUACGAUCUUUGCAAUGAUGUUUUUAAAGUGGGCCGAGACGAUGAUAAUGACUUGAGCCUCAACAAGGAUCACCUACCAACUAAGGUUGUCAGUCGCAUUUCAAAGGUGCACUUCCUUAUUGUCAAGGAUUUACAGGAUCAGAAAAAUCCAGUUUACAUUAUCGACGAGUCUAGGAACGGCACAUUCGUCAAUGGCAAUCUCGUUGGACCGCAUAACAAAAUGAUAUUGAAAAACGACGAUGUGAUCGCACUUUCCCAUCCACAAUACAAGUCUCUUGUAUACAAAGAUCUUACUCCAAAUGAAGCCGGAACGCUUCCGACGGAAAUACAUGAAACAUACUACGUGAGUAAAAAACUUGGAAAGGGUGCCUACGGAGAAGUGCACCUGGUUUAUGAUGCUAAAACAUGCAAAGCGUACGCAAUGAAGGCCGUAGCGAAAAAUCAGCUGGCCGAGUGGAGUAAGAAAAAUCUGUUGAGUGAUCCAAAACGGGUGAUGAAUGAAGUUAACAUUAUGAAAAGUCUGGACCACCCUUGUGUUAUCAAAAUGCACGACAUUGUCAACAAACCGGAAUCGGUUUUCAUGAUUCUUGAGUUCAUGAAGGGUGGCGAUCUGCUAUCACGCAUCAUCAACCACAAGUAUUUAUCGGAAGAAGCUUCGAAGCUUUUCUUCCUCCAGAUGUGCCACGCAGUCAAAUAUUUGCACACCAAAGGCAUUACACAUCGGGACCUGAAGCCUGACAACAUCCUACUGGAGGACGAUCGCCCCGAAACACUGCUGAAAGUAUCCGACUUUGGUUUGAGUAAGUUCGUAAACAAAGGAUCAAUCUUGCGUACACUAUGCGGUACUCCCCAGUACGUGGCUCCGGAGAUACUUAUUAAGAGCGGAUGUGGCUCUUACACACCAAAGGUUGACAUCUGGAGUUUGGGUGUCGUUCUGUUUACGAUGCUCAGUGGUUCACUUCCGUUCUCUGAUGAGUAUGGAACUCCAGCAACGGAACAAAUCAAGCGUGCUAAAUUCACGUUUCGCCACCACGUAUGGAAAUCCGUAUCGGGAACGGCUAAGAAACUGAUUUACGAUAUGCUAACGGCUGACCCGAACAGCAGACCCUCCAUCGACAAGAUCCUCAGCAGUACGUGGCUGCGAGAUGCCGAAACGAUAAAAAAGGCCGAAAAACUCAUGAAUAUGAAACUGAUUGGAACGAAGAAAGCAUCUUGUUCGGAUGUUGAAAACAGUAACGAGCAAAUUUUUGCCGAGCCUCCGAGGAAACGUGCGCGCAAGUGACUAGCGGCAGAUGAAGGUGACGACGAAGAGGUGGUUUGUAUAAAAUUUAGAAAAGUGAUAAAUUUGAAAUGUAGAAGUAUUUCGUAAAUCUCCAUGCGUGACGAUAUGAAUCGGGAGCCAAAAAUGUCGGAUGUGAACGAAUCGAAGUGCCUUAGAUUUCUCCUUCAAGACAAAGAGACCACUUAAUGGUAUAAGACAAUUUACAUACUUAUAGUUUGGUAUAUAUUCUUAUUUUAUAGAAAUUUUUGUUCCAAACAUGCCAGUCAUCAGUAGAGUUAACAUUCCAUAGUUAACAAGCUAGCUUUUCGCUCUAAUACUCGAUGUUUCAUGCGAGUUAUACGAGAGAUAAUUGUAAUAGAUUGCAUUUAUGACCACUGCUACGAUAGCACAGUAGAGAAAAUAUUUAACUGCAUGCGGGUUAUUCUUCACUUGUGUUAAAAACUAGCAUGUGUACGCAAUAAAUUUAUUUUGAGGUUUUUGAUCUUCCAUCACAUCCCGACAUAUAUAUUACAUCUAUGAUCAUAAUUCACAAUUCAGAGGCCAACGCAUGAUGUAUAUAUUUGAUAUACAAUUUUACUGUGCAUCAAUUGAUUUGAUACCAAAACUGAAAAAAACCAUGAAUAAAAGAUGCGUGCAUUAUUUUU